AUGGAGAAUAUGCGUUAUGCUGAGGAGCUCGUGAGGGAGUUUCUAGUUUUCAGGGGUUUCACAAGUACGCUGCAAGCGUAUGAGUCAGAGUUGUCUACUGAGAUUGGCAGGAACUUUCAAGCAGAUAAGAUCGUGGAUUUGGUGUUCUCAGAGUAUAUACCGAAGUACCAACUGGACAGGUUGGUCGGCCUGUUUGCCUUUUUCAAGCAGUGUUUCAUGUCACCUGGGGACACAGAGCUGUUCUCAACCCUUGUUAAGUUGGAGCUGUCAGCAUUAAGGUACUAUGUAAUUAAUGCUUUGAAAUCUGGAAGACAAGACAAAGUAAUUGAAUUCUUUGGUGAAAAUGGCAAUUAUCUAAUGCAAAAGCAUGGAGAUUGGCUGGCAUGGUUUGAGCUACAAGCGUCCUUAGAGGCGAAGGAAGAUGAAAUCUCUCAGUUGAGGAGGAACUAUAAUAGUGCUGGUUAUGGAAACAAGAAUGUAGUUGGUACUAGCAGAGCUGGUUCCCCUCAUGAAGAGAUAUCAGAAAACUAUGAAGAAUCCUCGGCCUCAAGUAGCAUGAUACAGGGUUUUGAUUCUCGGUCCUCAAGUUCAGUGAGAUCUUAUACAAGAGGUGGGAAAUUCCAUGAAUCUUCUGAGAUCAGCCAUACAGAGGGUGAGCAGGUUUUGGUGACUGAGGAAGAUUUUCCUGAAGUAAAAGUGGAUUUCCAGGAAACAUUUUUAGGCCAUAACAGUUCAAUUAGCCGAUGUCGAUUUUCUGCAUCUGGGUCAAAUAUUGCUAGUUCAUCAAUCGAUGGUACAGUUAGGAUUUGGACAUAUGAUUCAUCAACACCAUCAUCCAGAAAUGCUACUAUAUACUGUGGGUCUGAAGUCAGUGCACUUUCUUGGGAAUGCAGAUCUGACAGAUUGCUGCUCAUAGGCACAGCUAAUGGAGGAAUUAAAGCUUGGAAUGCUGAUGCAAAGAGAGUUGUUUGCGACCUGAGUACAUCUAGAGACUUUCCAAGCAUCUUAGAUUUGAAAUGCAGCCCUGUUGAACCUGUGUUUGUCUCUGCAGCUGCAUCAAGACGGCAUGGAUCAACUACAUUUGAGAGAACAGGCUUUGCCAACUUGACCGUGUGGCAUAUGAAAACAUGGAAGCCAUUGACAGUCCUCCCUCUUGGUGAGGAUCCACCUGCUAUUACUUCUCUUUGCUUCAAUCACAACGGGAAAAUUUUGGCAGCUUCUGCUACAGAUGGAAUGAUUCACAUGUUUGACAUGUCUGCUGGUCUUCAAAUUACAGGAUGGCCUGCCCAUGAUUCCCCUGUGAGUUCAGUUCUUUUUGGGCCAGCAGAAACUAGCAUCUUCAGUUUAGGCUCAGAUGGAAAGAUAUUUGAAUGGAGCUUGCACAAUCAAGGUCAGAUUUUUUGGUCAAGAGAUUGCAGCAGAUUUUGCAAUCCGGAGAGCUUUAAAACACGAAUGCAUGAAAUAGCAUUGGAUUCAAAUGGCAAGAGGCUGCUGGUUACCUCCGGUUUGGUCCGGGCCCCAAUAUAUCAGGUACAAGGCCAUGAAAGUGGAUUGAGGACACUACCGCACAGUUCAUCUAUCACAAGUGUGGAUUGGCAUCCAACACUGCCAAUGUACAUCGCUGGGUCUGCAGACCACUCUGUCCGCGUCACAUCUAUUUUAUGA